AAGCGCCACGGCGAGAGCAGUGACGCGGCCGCGGUGGAUGCUGGGAUAGCAGGCGCUGUCGGUGGAGGUCAGAGAAACUCCAAAAUGGCUGCUGUUUGUUUCACGUCCUUGAGCCGCUGCGGCGUUGUGGCGUGUCGUUCCCCCGCAGGACUGGUGGCGGUGCGGUACGCCCAAACAGCAGCGGCUCCGGCAGCUCAGCCCAGAAUAAAGAAGUUCCAGGUGUACAGAUGGGACCCAGACACUCCAGGGGACAAACCCCGCAUGCAGACCUACGAGAUAGACCUCAACACUUGUGGUCCAAUGAUUCUCGAUGCACUGAUCAAGAUCAAGAAUGAGAUGGACUCCACUCUGACCUUUCGCCGCUCCUGCAGAGAAGGUAUCUGUGGGUCCUGUGCAAUGAACAUUAAUGGAGGAAAUACACUCGCUUGUCUCAACAAGAUUGACACUAACAUUAGCAAGCCAACCAAGAUUUACCCUCUGCCACACAUGUAUGUGGUCAAAGACCUGGUACCCGACAUGAGUAACUUCUACGCACAGUACAAGGCCAUUGAACCCUACCUGAAGAAGAAGGACGAGUCAAUGGAGGGGAAAGAGCAGUACCUGCAGUCUGUAGAGGACCGACAGAAACUGGAUGGCCUGUAUGAGUGUAUCCUGUGUGCCUGCUGCAGCACAAGCUGCCCAAGUUACUGGUGGAAUGGUGACAAAUACCUUGGACCUGCUGUGCUGAUGCAGGCGUAUCGUUGGAUGAUUGAUUCACGAGACGAGUUCACAGAGGAGCGUCUGUCCAAGCUGCAGGAUCCUUUCUCCCUCUACCGCUGCCACACUAUCAUGAACUGCACCAAGACCUGCCCCAAGGGGUUGAACCCAGGAAAAGCGAUUGCUGAGAUCAAGAAGAUGAUGGCAACAUACAAGGAGAAGGCAGCUGCUGUCGUUUGAAACCUCCGCUUCAGCGUCCUUUUUCUAUAACUUUUCCCUCCAUGAUAUAAAUUGUAUAUUAAUUAAGAAUUCUUAAAUGGUCUGAAGGGCCAGUGCACCAGUCAGCUCAACCACCACCACCACCACCACACCCUGGGUCAACUAAUAGAAGUGAGUGAGUGUGUGUGUGUGUGGUUGGAGGACUUGGUGUUAUAAACGCACAUGUACAGUAUGAAUGCAGAUGAGAGAGUGUGUAUUAGUCUGUACCACAUCAUUGGUAUUUAUCUCCAGUUCCACUGUGUGUUUGUUUGUGCUCUUGAGAGAAACGAUGCUGCAUAGCAAAGUAAAAACAUUUGUGUAUCUUUCUUUUAUGGCUUAUUGCUUCUCAGGUUAGCAGCCCAGUGUUUAACUUCAUUCAGAUCUUCCAACACACCAACUUGUCCUUGUUUUGAUGGAAAAUAAAUAGUCAAAAUGCC